UGAAGUAGGAAGUGGCGUUUGAGUGUUGUUGAGGACUUGAGAGAACUGGAAAAAUGGCGGUGCAGGCUGUCCAUAUCCAGGGAGAUGCUUUCUUGGUUUGUGUUACUCACUCACUGAGUACAGAAAGAGAAGAGGUUAUGGGGUUGUGCAUAGGAGAGGUGGAUACACAAAAAGUUGUGCACAUACACUCUGUCAUCAUCCUUCGGCGUUCUGAUAAAAGAAAGGAUCGAGUUGAAAUUUCUCCCGAACAGUUGUCAGCUGCAACUAUAGAGGCUGAUAGAUUGGCGGAGAUUACCGGACGUCCUAUGAGGGUGGUUGGCUGGUAUCACUCUCACCCUCACAUUACCGUGUGGCCCUCCCACGUAGAUGUGCGAACACAGGCAAUGUACCAGAUGAUGGACGUUGGUUUUGUGGGUCUGAUCUUCUCCUGUUUUAUAGAGGACAAGAGCACCAAGACUGGCCGAAUCUUGUACACCUGUUUUCAAUCGGUUCAAGCACAAAAGAGCUCAGAGUAUGAGCGUAUCGAGGUUCCCCUUCAUGUGGUUCCUCAUGACACCAUAAGGAAAGUUUGUCUUGAAUCUGCUGUGGAACUUCCUAGAAUUCUCUGCCAAGAGGAGCAGGAUGCAUACCGCAAGAUACACAGUUUAGGUCAUCUGGAUUCUGUCACAAAGAUUCACAAUGGCUCUGUGUUCACCAAAAAUCUUUGUGGUCAGAUGUCAGCAAUCAGCGGCCCUCUACUGCAGUGGUUGGAAGACCGUCUGCAGCAGAACAGGCAGCGCGUUUUGGAUCUAGAACAAGAGAAGGAGCAGCUUCUUCAAGAGCUGGCAGCUCUGGAGUGAUCUGACAACAGCCUGGGAAAAUAAUUGACUUGGAAGUAUAAAUUGACACUUUUUGUACAACUUCUCAGGACUUUAUGGGAGCAAACAAACCAUUAAUGUUCCCCUUCUUCAGGCAGCUGUAGGACGUCCCUGGACAUUUGCAGGGUCACUGCAGUGAUGUAAAUUCUGCAGUAUAGAGACAUUGACUGAAGAAGUAUAUGCUAAUAGUACUAAGACUUUAAGUGAUAAACUCUUGCCAUAAUUGUGUAUAGCCCUUUCAUGAAUCGUAAGAUUUGUUUAUAUUCUUCCAUUGUACAAAAUAAUGCACUUUCCUUUUAUCAACUCAAUAAAGUUAAGGGUAUGCAAA